AUGGCUUCCUCUCUUCGCGCCCUCCGGCCCGCGGCCGCCACCUUUGCGCGCGCCUCUGCCGCCGUGCGCCCCGCCACCUCUGUCGCCAGCAGAUACAUCAUUGCCUUUUCGCGAUCGGCCAGCAACGACAGCACGGACAGCCAGCAAAAGAGGGAUCUCGACGUCGGUGAACUGCAAGGCGCUACUUUCAAGAUCGAGCCGCUCCGGAGAGUCGGCGAGGACCCGGCCACCAUGCGGGCGCGUCUUCUUUACCAAUCCCGCAAGCGCGGCACCCUCGAAUCGGACCUCAUCCUCUCCACCUUCGCCCAGUCCCACCUGCAAUCCAUGACUCCGGAGCAGCUCAAGCAAUACGACCUCUUCCUCGACGAAAAUGACUGGGACAUUUACUACUGGGCCACGCAGGAACCCCCCUUGCCGGGCCAGGAGAACCAGCACUUGCAGAACAGCGAGGCCCUUUCAGAGAAGGAGCAGUUGCCGCCCAACCCGCGCUCGGGCGAGUGGGCGCAGACGAUCGGCACGUUCAAGCCUGCCUACAGACCGGUGCCCGCGCGGUGGAAGGGGAGCGAGAUUUUGGAGCUGUUGAGGCAGCAUGUUAAGGAUAAGGGCAUGGGGAGGAAGGGCGGGAUGGCGUUUAUGCCUAGGUUGGAGGAGUAUAAGUGA